AUGUCAUAUGACCUCAAUAUUCCAUGGCCCUGUAAUAACUACAACACGUCACCAACUCCACAGCAAUGGACAGACUUGAAAAACACGAUAAUAACCAAUUUGGAACUAGGCAUCACCCAUCAGGCCAUCAACUUCACCAUUGAUGAAUCAGUCAGAAUUCCCUUCAAUACACCCGACAAGAUUAACCCUAUUCUCAUUAAACAGCUUACGGAUGAACUAUCGCCCAAUUUCCCCACAUUGCACUUAUUCUCACGCAUUACUUUGAUUGUAAACGAUUCGUCCAAAUUACAAGGAGUCGCCAAACUACAAAACCAUUUCGAUUUAUUUGCGAUACAACCGACAAAUGAAAAAUCACUACAGUUAACAAUUUUGAACAUUGAAUGUGAUUUGAUCAGCUUCAACUUGUGUACAAAACUACCGUUUUUUUUGAAGUUUAAGGCAAUUGGAACUGGAGUUGCUAAAGGAAUCAAGUUUGAAAUCAACUAUAGUCAACUAGUCAGUGGAGGGUCACUGGGGUACGUCCCAUCUUCUUCAUCAUCAUCUGACGUGAGCGGCAACUUGAUCAAAAAGAAUUGGUUUAACAACGUACUACAGUUGAUUAGAAGUUCACGAUCACGAGGUUUGGUAGUUUCGAGUGGUGCUCAAAAUCCACUCCAGGUGCGAAACAGUAAUGAUAUCAUGACACUUUUGAAGACGCUUGGGUUGAACUCUGCCAAGGCAAGAAGUUGCAUACUGAUGAAUCCUGAGAAGGCAUUGUUAAAUGCUAGGUUGAGGAUCAAGUCUUAUAAGCAAGUUAUUAGUAUGGGCGAUGGAGAUUUGAUUGGUAAUGAGAGUGAAGAUGUCGAUAAGAAACAUGAUGCAGCUGGGUAUAAGCGUAAAUAUGACGAAAGUUUCACGGGUAAGUUGUUGAAAAAGUACAAAAGAGACGCCGCGUGA